UCCACUGUACAGUAUAGUAAGAACAGCUUCCAAGCAUCCCGGCAAGCUAGCGCUGACGUGACUCGAAUCAUGGACAGAACUGGAGUUGAACCGCAGUCUCAGCCGCUGCUUAGUUCUAAGUCAGAAGAGGUUAAGGAUUACUUGGCACUCUCCAUCAUUACCUGUCUGUUUUGCUGUUGGCCACUUGGACUAGCCGCAAUCGUGAUGUCAGGAAGGGUGCGUGAAGCUAAAUUGAGGGGUAACGAGCAUGAAGCGAUUUCUGCGUCUUCUACUACUCGUAACCUGAUCAUCGCUUCAGUCAUCUGUGGAAUUGCUAUUUUCAUUGUUCUUAUCAUAUUAUUGUUUGUUGUCAAACCACAACAGUCAAACUGAUUGCCAUGAAACGUGAAAGACAGAAGAAAUAUGUCGUGACGUUAGUAGGCAAACUGAAUAGUUUGCUAGUGACAAUGUAUUGUGUUGAGUUACUAGUCUGAUUGUGCCAAGUUUGUGCUAUGUAUGUGUUUGAAUUGGUUGUCGCGAGUGAGCAAAAUGAGCUGGUGUGCAAAUGACAAAGACUGAAUCAAAUAAUUAGAAGAUCUAGAUUGCCAAUGCCUUUGAGCCCUUCUAUGUAAGCAGAUUUAAAAUUCAAAACAUCUUGGCGCUUAGUGUGCAGUGCAUAUCAGUAAUAAUUGUGCACU